UACAAGAAAAAUAAGGCGGUGUUGGUUUUUUAUAUUUUAUGGUGGAGUGGGACGCAAAAAAUAAUUAAAAGCAAACAGCCUAUUCGAAGCAAAUCGCGUGGCGUAAAAUACCUCAAGAAAUAAGAAAAUAUAUACGAAUUUUAAGCAGUGUCCCUUAAAACAUAAGCCGCCCGAACAGCCCCACUGCCCACGCACAUACAUACUAUAGAUACGCUAAAUAUGUCAUCAACUGCAACAACAACAACUGCGGUCGCCACGCCACUGCCAACCAUCGAUAUCGAUCAACCCAAAUAUGACCAAAGCACAUAUCUAAAUCGUGCCAAACAUUUCUUCCUGCUCACCAAUCCACUCAAUAUUUUGGCCAGCGAUGACGAACUGGAGCGCGCAAAGCGUAUUAUUCACAAUUAUCGUGCCGGCAAGCCGGUGCCAGAGUGCAAAAAUGUUGAGGAAUUGUGGCGCGCCAAAUACUUGUACGAUUCAGCAUUUCAUCCCGAUACUGGCGAGAAGUCACUAAUCAUUGGUCGUAUGUCGGCACAAGUGCCAAUGAACACUUUGAUUACAGGAUGCAUGCUGUCGUUUUAUAAAUCCAUACCGGCCGUCGUCUUCUGGCAAUGGGUCAAUCAAACAUUCAACGCAAUUGUAAACUAUACAAACCGUUCAGGAAAGACACCCAUUUCUCAAGAACAAUUGCUUACUUCGUAUGUAUUGGCAACUGGUGGCGCCCUGACCACAGCACUCUCCCUCAACAGGCUAGUGAAGAACUUGAAUCCAUUAAUUGGUCGCCUGGUGCCAUUGGCAGCGGUAGCCGCAGCAAAUUGCAUUAAUGUGCCGAUGAUGAGAUUGCAGGAAUUGAAAAACGGCGUUACUUUGCUGGAUGAAAAGAACAACGAAUUGGGUGUGUCGAAGAAAGCGGCUGCUGCCGGCAUCACUGCAGUGGUGGCUAGUCGAAUUGCUAUGGCUGCACCGGGAAUGGUGCUAACGCCCUUGCUGAUUUCAUCCUUGGAAAAACGUGGUCUCCUCAAACGCUUCCCCAAGGCCAGUGCACCCAUUCAAACCCUUUUCUGUGGCUUCGUUUUGAUAUUCGCCACUCCGCUGGGAUGUGCAUUCUUCAGCCAACGUGCUUCGAUUGGGGUGGGCAAAUUGGAAGAGGAUGUGCAGAAAAAUAUUAAAAAACUGAAUCCCGAGCUUACUGAAGUCUGGUUCAACAAAGGCUUGUAAACUUAGAGCUUAGCUUAUUUGAAACUCUCUUAAGUGAUUUUGCAUUUCGAAA